AUGAGCGGAAGUGGAAGCCAAACUGGAAGCGAUAGCGGAAGCAUGAAGGGGGAUAUGAGCGGUGGUGGUAGUGCAAGCGGAACCGGUAGCGGUAGCGGAAGCGGAAGCGUGACCGGAAGCGGAAGCGUGAAUGUUAACGGAAGCAUCCACAUGGAAGGUUCGCUGUUUUGGAUUGGAGGGAUCGGUUUCAGCGACUACCCUCGCCUGCUUAACUCAUCCUCCUCCUCCAUCUCCAGCCAGUGGUUCAACCAGCGCUCCGUUAGUCAAGUCUGCAAACUUGUCAAGGAACUGCUGGGAAGCGGCGCCAAGUACCUCGUCGUUCAAGGCCUGCCUCCAUCCGGGUGCUUCCCCGUGUCCCUAGCUUCGACCCCCACCUCUGACCGCGACCAACACGGCUGCUCCAAGAGCGCCAAUGACAUGGUGACGGCCCACAACGAGCUGCUCCAGAAGAACCUGGCCGAGCUGCAGAAAACAUUCAGCUCGGCUACCAUCAUCUACGCCGACUUCUGGAAAGCAUACAUGAACAUCCUCCAGAACCCCCAACAGUACAACUUUACCGAGCCCUUCAAGGCGUGCUGCGGGGUCGCCAGUGGACCCUUCAACUUCGACAUCCACAACCUGUGCGGCUCGAGCAGCACCUCCGCCUGUAGUGACGCCACAAAGCACAUGAACUGGGACGGGAUUCAUCUCACGGAGGCCAUGAACAAACAAAUCACCCUCCAGUUCCUCAACCACGGUUGCACUAACCCUCCGUUGCCGGCUGUCAUCAAGCAGAAGAUGGGAUGA